AGCUGUCGCAUCUUCUUCCAGCUUCUCGUUCCAUUCACUGGGUGCCUGGUGAACUCUCUAUCCGUGUUGUGGCUGCUACAGAGGCGACAUUUGUAUCGGACUGACUGGCUGAGUCACCACCAUGGUGUGCGGAGGCUUCACCUGCUCCAAGAACUCCCUGUGUGUGCUGAACCUGCUCUAUAUUAUGGUCAGCCUGCUGCUGAUCGGAGUUGCAGCCUGGGGAAUAGGAUUUGGCCUCGUUUCCAGUUUGCGAGUGGUUGGCGUCGCCGUUGCUGUUGGAAUCCUACUAUUUCUCAUUGCUCUGGUUGGGCUCAUUGGAGCAAUUAAACAUCACCAGGUGUUACUGUUUUUUUACAUGAUCAUCCUAUUUUUGGUCUUCGUUGUACAGUUUUCGGUAUCGUGCGCAUCUCUGGCCUUAAACAGCGAUCAGCAGAAACAACUUUUGGAAGUCGGCUGGAACCAUACAAAUGGAGCUCAUACUGAUAUUGAAAGAAGCCUGAACUGUUGUGGAUUUAAAACCUAUUCUCAAAAUGACACCUGUGGAGCUACCUGCACACAGGGUUGCCAUCCAUGCGGUCCAAUAAUUGAAAAACAUGCAGAAGAAGUGCUAAGAGUUGUGGGAGGAAUUGGUUUUUUCUUCAGCUUUACCGAGAUUCUUGGAGUUUGGCUGACUUACAGAUACAGAAACCAAAAGGACCCAAGAGCAAACCCCAGUGCAUUUCUUUGAUUUUGACAACCCUAAGACUACUCCUUCAUUCCUUUAUUUAAUGCAUCUCUGCAGCUUUCUUGGUUGCUGUGGUUGAUUUGUUUAAAAGACACUUCUUCAACUGUGAAUUUUUUUUUUCCCUUUUCACGGGAAGUAGAAAAUAUGAUCUCAGUUUAAUGGCUGGUCAAAAUGAAAGAAUGAAGAAUCACUGACCAUUGACACUAAAGCUUAAAGCGCUCUUACCAUUAUUGGAGCCUCUUUGGGAUAUAUUGGUUUAUACGUUGUAGAUAAAGUAAUGUAUAUCUGUCCCUCUCCCAACAGUAAGGCAAUGCUCAUCAGUUCACUAUCACAUUUAUUUGUUAAACUUUUUAGAGCUGUUUUUUUUUUUUAAUUGUUAAUGUAUACAUUCUGUGUAGCAAUUGCAACUAUUAAGUUCUUUUAGUUCCUUUUUUUUUUUUUAUACCCGUGCUCAAUAAAUCAAAAUCAUGUUAUAAAUUGUAUA